AGCAGUCUAAUGCAUCACAGAGCUAAGAAGAACAAGCUAAAUAGCAAGUAAAAGCUGUUAAGAGUUUAACUAGCAUUUCAAGAAUGGCAAUCCCUAGAAUCGAUUUCGGCUCACCGGCCGAGGCCACAAAGCCUGCUGCCCUCAAGGCUGCAUUGGCUGAGUUUAUCUCCAUGCUUAUUUUUGUUUUUGCUGGAGAAGGCUCUGGCAUGGCAUUUGGCAAACUUACAGGUGAUGGUCCUGCAUCCCCUGCUGGUCUGGUAGCUGCUGCAUUGUCUCAUGGUUUCGCGCUAUUUGUGGCCGUAUCAGUGGGUGCUAACAUCUCUGGUGGUCAUGUCAACCCUGCUGUCACCCUUGGUGCUUUCCUUGGUGGUAAAAUUUCCUUCUUUUGCACUAUCCUCUACUGGAUCGCUCAGUGCCUAGGUGCCGUGGUUGCUUGCCUCCUCCUCAACUUUUCCACCGGUGGACUGCCAACCUCUGCAUUUGCUCUAUCUUCUGGAGUGACUGUCUGGAAUGCCCUUGUCUUUGAAAUCGUGAUGACCUUCGGACUUGUCUACACAGUCUAUGCCACUGCUAUUGACCCCAAGAAGGGUGACAUUGGCAUCAUUGCCCCCUUGGCCAUUGGUCUCAUUGUUGGUGCUAACAUCUUGGCUGGUGGUGCCUUUGACGGUGCAUCCAUGAACCCAGCAGUGUCCUUUGGCCCUGCUGUUGUCAGCUGGUCAUGGGACAACCACUGGGUCUACUGGCUUGGCCCAUUCAUCGGUUCUUCAAUCGCUGCCCUCGUCUACCACUGCAUCUUCAUCCAGCCAGACAACUACGAGGAACUUCCCUAAUUUCUCAACAGAUAAUUAAAAGAAAAUCUCCCCCCUUUCAUCAGCCAAUAUGUUUGAAAGGCAGUUGAUGGGUUGUAUAUGUUUUUUUUAUCCCCAAAUGAUUUGAGUGCUUUUUCCAUUUUCUAUCAUUUUGCCAAGAAAAUUUGGUAGUGUUCAAUUGUGAAUCAUAAUGAAUAGUAUAUUAUUUGCUUCAAUGAAACAUGUUAGUUUUA